AUGAAUGCGAGGCGAGACCUGUCGACUAGUCAUCGGCUGCUACGGUCUGAUCAGCAAGUUGCGGGACCCCUUGGCACAACUGACGAACUUUUGGAUCACAUCGUUACGCGUAUCGAGCUCAGCGGGCCUCUGUCCAUCGCUGACUACAUGCAAGAAGUGCUCACCAGUCCCAUCGCAGGCUAUUACAGCCGCGACGGCCAAUUCGGCGGCCAAGGUGACUUUAUCACGGCUCCAGGUGUAUCUCACAUGUUUGGCGAGGUCUUGGAUAAACAUUUACCAGCGACAAAGAUUGACAUCAACUUGAUUGAGAGCAGUCUUUUGCUGAGUGCAGAACAAGAGGCGACCAUUUGCAACCGUGAACGGACCUCCCCAGCGCCCCUUCAGGACCCCAGCUUGCCCGGGCCGUACCGCAAGGCAGACGCCGAUCGCCGCCAGCUGCGCUGGUUCCGGCGCCUAGAUCAACUACUGACCGAAAACGCCGAUCAAAAAACACAUGGCAGCUCACUUGACCCCGUCAUUGUUGUGGCAAACGAAUUUCUCGACGCCGCACCAAUCUACCAGCUGCAGUAUCAAAAUGACCAGUGGCAUGAGCGCUUGGUUGAUGUCAACCCAGACCCAGCGCCAGGCGAGCUGCCCUUACGGUCAGCAUCGCCAGCGGGUCUGCCUCUCUAG